AUGAGCUUUCCCCAAGAGCACAUCAUCGCUCCAAAAGGUCCUUUCAAACUAGUAACCGUAAACACUGCCCCGGAGAGGGCAAAAGUUCUUAUUGGUCGUGUUAUGGAGGCGUUGAAAGAUAAAUAUACGAUCGAAUACGUAGCAAAUUGCGUCAGCAAGGACCAGGUUGCAAGCAGUGUGCACCAACACCAACCAGAUAUUUUGUUUUCUGCAUCAAUGUGGACGGCAGAUGAUGUGGUAGAGAUCCAGCAAACGGCUCAGUCUAUCAAACCGGAUAUAAGGUUGCACGCGAUUCCCUUUGGGCUGCAGACAGAGAAGGGCCCGGAUGCUAUUGUAGAACAUCUACUGCAUCAGAUACCUCUGUUGCUGUAG